AACGGUUGCCAAGCGACAUAGUAUGACAACAACAACAAAUGUCGAUUCUUGUGUCGGAAUACUGUUGUAAAAACUAUUAUAAUGAAGACUACAGUAAAUACGAUUUUGUUCGAUGUUUCCAAGAAUGAGAUAUUCAAGAUAAAUGAGAACUAUAAGCUGCUGCACAGGAAACUCAAAUCGACAUGGAAAGUCAUGAUAAAUCGCGAGGAGCUCUCCCCCAACAUUCUGCAAGACGUGAAAAUCCUAGUGGUACCAGGGCCGCAGAACGUGUUCACAGAUGACGAGCUAGCGUGUCUGAAGAGCGUGGUGGAGCGGGGAGAUUCGGUACUUGUGGCGAUGACUGACGGCGGGGAGGAGCGUAUGAACACGAAUAUUAACUUUUUUUUGGAGGAGUACGGAAUUGUUGUGAAUAAUGAUUGCGUUGUGCGUGCGAAAUACCACAAGUUCUACCACCCGAAGGAAUGUCACAUCUCGAGCGGUAUCUUAAACCGCGCCGUGGCCAAGCAGAUUAUGAAGAUGCCCAACUACGCGAGCGAAUCAGACGACUUUCUUGAAGAGCCGGCGACGCCCAAUUUCGUGUACCCGUACGGCGCCACGCUGACGGUAAAGCGGCCAGCGGCGGCCAUCUUAUCCAGCAGCGACGUGUGCUACCCGGUGAAGAGGCCCAUCGCAGCACUAUAUACUUCUGAGAAGAGUGGAGGAAAGUUAUUCGUUAUCGGUUCGGGCCACUUCUUCGCCGACCAGUACCUGGAGAGCGAAUGCAACGACCUCAUCCGAGAGAAGAUCUUCGAUCACCUUGGCGGGAUCGCCGAGCUGCACCUCAACCCCGUGGAUGUCGAGGAUCCAGACGUCAAUGAGUACCGCACAAUUGGUGACACAAUGUGGCUCUCGUCUGUGCCGCUCCCUGAGCCGGCCACGGCGCCGCCGCCGCGCCUCACCCCGCUGCACCCGCACGCGCUCUUCUCCUGGCGUUUGUUCUCACUCAACCUCGCCCGCCUACCCGAAGUACUAGGGCUGUAUGACGCGCUAGGAGUCAAACACGAGCCACUGCGGCUGAUAGCGCCGCAGUUCGAGACGCCUUUCCCGCCAUUACAGUUAGCGGUAUUCCCUCCGACAUUCCGCGAGCCCCCACCCCCGCCGUUGGAGCUGUUUGACCUCGACGAGGCUCUGAGCUCGGAGCGCGCCCAGCUGGCCCGGCUCGCCAAUAAGUGUCUUCAGCCUACCGCGCGACUAGGCGAAGGUGACGGAAGCCAUAUUGAGAACGAGUUGGAAUACCUGGUCCAGGAAUGCGGGCGCGUGGUGCGGCUUUCCCGCGCGCUGCCGCCCGACACGCCGCGCGGCAAGACCAUUCUGCACCAGCUCGCCACGCAGCUCGCCACUUUCAAGAAACUCGCCGUCAAGGACUAGUCCAUCUAAGCUAACUUUGGACAAGGCUCGGAAACCGGUUAAAUUAACAAACUGUUAUCAUAUACUAGGUGCAUAAACUUUUAAUUUCGGUUUCGUUCGUAAAACCGUCAAUUUUUUAACGGUUUUUAGGAGAACAUUUCCAUAAAGUUCUUGUCGGAUUAACCGGUUUAAAACAAUAAAAACCGGUUUCUACCUAUGUCGGUGUCUUCGUUUACGCGGCACACCACCAGGCCGGCCGGCCGUCUUGUCGCUCGCCUAACAAUCCGGUUUAUUUAGGUUACAAUAAAGUUCUUAAAACGAUCCCGUUUAUUUGAAAGUUCGGAGUAAAACCGAAAUAAACCGAUAUUUACAGCUAUUUUUAAAACCGGUUCCGAGCCUUAACUUUGCACCGAUUUAAACUGAACCAAGCGAAGAAUGUCAUUAUAAACGUCAUGUUAACAUGGAAAUUGGACAUUAACGGUAACAUUGCCACACUUUGCCAUUGCAAAUGAUAUUCAGAGUUAGUUUGAUACCUUGACUCGUAAUGCCAUGUUAUAUAAUGUUAUAUACUAUUCCAUAUAUGAAUACUACGCUUGUUAUGAAGCUUUUGAUACCUGUUCAGUACCAAUACAUCUGUAUAAUAUCUAUCUGUAUAUGUAUAAUAUCUAUAUAAUAAUGUAAAAACAAGAUCUCAUUUGGUUAAUAAAUUAGUCUUGUGUUCAAAUUUUUGAACAUUUAUUGUACAAAAAUAUCAAAAGUUUCGAUAUCUCACUGUAGUAAAUACCAAUUUAAACGGUUGUUCCUGUUAUACCUACAUAAAAACAGUCAUAUAAUAAUAAUAUAUUUAGAAAAUAAGUGAAGUAA